AUGGAGACGUUGAAGCGCCUGCAGGCGGACUAUCCGUGGACGAAGUUGCCGCUUGUGUCGUGUGGUCCUAUGCGCCUGAUCGCACUGGCUGACCUCGCGGUGGAAGUGUCUCGAGCUGGAGGUCUGGGUUUCGUCGGCGCUGGCAACGAUGCUUCAAGCUUGGAGAAAGAGUUUGAAAGAGUGAAGCAGUUGCAAGCAGGUGCACAAGUGCUGCGAGAGAUAAAAGAAGUGCUGCCAAUAGGCGUCGGCUUCCUAUUGUGGGCCGGCGACAAUCUGCUCAAUGAAGCUCUUCCUAUUGUCGCCAAAUACGUACCCGCUGCGGUCUGGCUUUUCGCUCCCAAUGACUUGGAUCAAUUUUCACAGUGGACAAGGGAAAUCAGGAGAGCGACGAAUAAGAAGACCAAAAUAUGGAUUCAAAUUGGAACCGUUGCAGAGGCUGUAGAAGUUACCAAAUCUUGCCAACCAGAUGUGCUUGUUGUACAAGGACAAGAUGCAGGCGGCCACGGGCUCAUGGAGGGAGCUGGCUUAGUGCCCUUACUACCAGAGGUCGACGAUGCGGUCGCUUCAGUCGCCAAAGGCAACAAGCCUAUCAUCAUCGCCGCCGGCGGCAUCAUGGAAGGACGUGGUGCCGCAGCAGCUCUCGCAAUGGGCGCCGCAGGAUGGACCAUGGGUACCCGAUAUCUGUUCUCCCAUGAAGCAAAUAUCGCCAAAGGCUACCGCGACGCUGUCGUACAGGCCUCAGAUGGAGGGGCUAACACGGCAAGAGGGAAAAUCUACGACACCUUGCGAGGCACGAGGGACUGGCCAGAGCGCUUCGGUGGACGUGGCGUCCUAAAUGAAACCUGGCAGGAUGCGAAGAAUGGCAUGAGCAUCGAAGAAAAUCAGCGUUUGUACGACGAAGCGUUGGAGAAGGGUGACGAUGGCUGGGCCCCUGGAAGCGCUCGUUUGACGACUUAUGCUGGCGCUGGCGUCGGCCUUGCGAACAGCGUCAAAUCGGCCGCAAGAAUUACUGAGGAAGUCAGAGAGGACGCCAAACGUGUUUUGAAGCAAGCCAGCAAGUUCGUGUAA